AUGCUGCUGGAGCGGGUCCGCGCCGGUUCGGAGAAGGCAGCGGAGCUCUGCCCCUUCCCGCGGAGCCCAGAGAUCCCGCUGUGCGCCGGCUGCAACCAGCACAUCGUGGACAGGUUCAUCCUCAAAGUCCUGGACCGGCACUGGCACAGCAAGUGCCUGAAAUGCUCCGACUGCCAGACGCAGCUGGCCGAGAAGUGCUUCAGCCGCGGGGACGGCGUCUACUGCAAGGAAGACUUCUUCAAGCGCUUCGGGACGAAGUGUGCCGCCUGCCAGCAGGGCAUCCCCCCGACCCAGGUGGUGCGCCGGGCCCAGGACUUCGUUUACCACCUGCACUGCUUCGCCUGCAUCGUCUGCAAGCGGCAGCUGGCCACCGGCGACGAGUUCUACCUCAUGGAGGACAGCAGGCUGGUCUGCAAGGCGGACUACGAGACGGCCAAGCAGAGAGAGGCUGAGUCUACGGCCAAGAGGCCCCGCACCACCAUCACGGCCAAGCAGCUGGAGACCCUCAAAAACGCUUAUAACAACUCGCCCAAACCGGCGCGGCACGUCCGGGAGCAGCUCUCGUCGGAGACCGGACUGGACAUGCGGGUGGUGCAGGUCUGGUUCCAGAACCGCAGGGCCAAGGAGAAAAGGCUGAAGAAGGACGCGGGUAGGCAGCGGUGGGGGCAGUACUUCAGGAACAUGAAGCGAUCCCGGGGGACAUCCAAGUCCGACAAGGACAGCAUCCAGGAGGAGGGGCCCGACAGCGACGCCGAGGUUUCCUUCACAGAUGAGCCCUCCAUGUCCGAAAUGAGCCAUUCCAAUGGGAUUUACAGCAAUCUCAACGAGGCGUCCCCGGCGCUGGGGAGGCAGGCAGGGCCCAACGGGAGCUUUGGGCUGGAUCCCAGCGGGAUGGCGGCUCAGGACCAGUUCCACGACCUGCGCUCCACCAGCCCCUACGGCAUCCCGCAGUCACCAGCGGCCCUGCAAGCGCUGCCAGGCCACCAGCCCUUGAUCUCCAGCUUGGUUUACCCAGACAACGGCUUGGCCAUGGUGGGACAGAGCGGACAAGGGGUGCCCCAGACCAUGAGAGUCCUGGCAGGGAAUGGACCGAGCUCCGACCUCUCCACCGGCAGCAGCGGGGGGUACCCGGAUUUCCCGGCCAGCCCGGCCUCCUGGCUGGAUGAGGUCGACCACGCUCAGUUUUGAUACAGG